AGACAAAAACAAAAGGAAAACAAACUCCGAAAGUGGUUGGCUUCGUUGUCAGCCUCAGCCAGGGUUCCAAAAAGUUCCAUUCUUCAUCUCUAUCUCUCCCUCCAUAAUUCCACUCUGUCAUCCCGCGUCAUCUACUGUUACCAUAUUUCUUUCUCACUGGAAAAAUGCCUGUCGCCCCGUCGCUCUCUUGAAAUUGGAUGCCCAUUUCCGUCCAAAAAGAUUCCGUUCAAAUUCUGAUCCUCUGUGGAAUUUAUUCAACAUUUUGGCUUAUUGGGUUCAAUAGUUCCAAAGCUUGAUUAUUCCUUUCACACCUGCCUUCAAAGCACUUUCUACAUUGCAUUUAUAUUCAGUUAUGAAAUUCAUUACAUAAUAUAUAGUCAUGAUUUCGAAGAAAAAUAUUGGACAUGCAACGCCAUUAUUGCUGUUUCUUCUGUCACUUGGGUUUUUCCUUGCAACUUAUAAUUUGAUCACAGUGAUUAUUCACUACAAAACCGUUCGUUCUGUGAAAUGGAUCCCUGGUGGUCCGGGUAGUCAGCCCUUUCGUGAUCCUGUUGUUGAGAUGCCUAAGAGCAUAAGAAAGGCGAAGAAAGGAAAAUUGUUAUUCCAUAUUGCCAUGACAGCAACUAAUGUUACUUAUAGCAAAUGGCAAUGCCGCAUUAUGUAUUACUGGUACAUGAAGCAGAAGGAUUUGCCUGGCUCGGAGAUGGGAAAAUUCACUCGAAUUCUUCAUUCAGGUGGGCCCGACAAUCUAAUGGAUGAAAUUCCUACCGUUGUGGUUGAUCCUCUUCCAGAAGGGCUAGAUCGGGGUUAUGUUGUUCUAAAUCGACCUUGGGCUUUUGUGCAAUGGCUGGAAAAGGCUACCAUAGAGGAAGAGUACGUAUUGAUGGCAGAGCCUGAUCAUAUUUUUCUAAAACCACUGCCAAAUUUGGCUCACGGGGACUACCCUGCCGGUUACCCAUUUUUCUAUAUUAAACCUGCUGAACAUGAAAAAAUCAUAAGGAAGUUCUUUCCCGAAGAGAAUGGUCCAGUAACGAAUAUCGAUCCAAUCGGCAAUUCUCCUGUCAUUAUUAAGAAGGAUUUGUUGGAGAUAAUUGCACCUACUUGGAUGAAUGUUUCUUUGAGAAUGAAACAUGAUCCCGAGACUGAUAACACUUUUGGCUGGGUUCUGGAAAUGUACGCGUAUGCUGUAGCUUCUGCUCUGCACGGUGUACAACAUAUUCUUAUCAAGGACUUCAUGAUACAGCCGCCAUGGGAUUUGGAAGUUAAAAAUAAGUUUAUCCUGCAUUUUACAUACGGGUGUGACUACAAUAUGAAGGGUGAGUUGACUUAUGGAAAAGUCGGGGAGUGGCGAUUUGACAAGAGAUCACACCUCCAGAGACCUCCACCGAGAAACAUCCCUUUGCCUCCACCGGGUGUCCCGGAAAGUGUGGUCGCUCUUGUGAAGAUGGUAAAUGAAGCCACCGCCAACCUUCCCAACUGGGAAUCUUUCAUCUGAACCGUACCACUGCACGGCUUUUGGAUUCCACAUCUGAACAUGGGCCCCACUGUAGCUGCUGAGUAUUUUACACCAUACAAGUUACACUUGGCUCUGCUCCAAAUUCAGUGGAGAGAUGCCAUGCCAAGGGAUCUGAAGAGGUUUGAAGUUUUUUUUUUUUUUUUUUUUUUUUUUUUUUUUUUUUUUUUUUCCUGAAAGAGAACAUUUCAUUAAAUCAAGUCCGAAGACAGAACAUUACAAAGAUAGAGAUGAGGGUUAGUAAGUAAAUCACUCUGAAUAACCAGACCUAGAAACAAAUAGGUUGUCAUGUUCGCUGAUCGUUUUGAAAAAGAUAAAAAUACAUACUGACUUGCAAGAUGUUUGAAGUUUAAAACAAAGAAUUCACAAGUGAUAUUGGCUCAAGUGAAAAGGGUGACUUAAGUGGAAUGGGUGCGAGUUGCUUAAGCAUGAGAUUUCCCGAAUGGUGGCCGGUUCAACUAGAUUUUAAAUAGUUUUUGUUUUAAUAGGCGCCGAUGUAAAUUGAAUCAUAUAACUCUAACAUUGAUUACAUGUUAUUCAUCUAAGUAGUAAAAAGGUUAAAUAAACAAGAAACUAAGAAUAAAAGUUCUUGGCGGCUCGAGGAAUGAGGAUACAAAAAGCACAAUGUGUAUUGAUUUUGGCCAUGGCGAUCUCCUUCGUCUCGGAGCAGUUUGCUUCAAAAGUGGUGUUGUUUGCAAGAAGGGAAAUUGUAAUCGUCUGCUAGACUCCAUUAAUUGUUUGAAAUA